GUGACACUAGUGGGCAUGCUAAUCGGCAGUGGUGUUGUGUUGUUGAUUUUAAGGCGCAGAAGAGCUAGGCUUGUCAAGCAGAACAACUUUCGUCGAAAUGGGGGGACUCUUUUGCAGAGACUAAUUUCAUCACGAGCAGAUGGUGUGAGAAUCUUUUCCUUGGAUGAGGUUGAGAAAGCAACUGAAAGUUUUUCUCCAAGUUUAAUUUUGGGAUCAGGUGCCUAUGGCAAGGUUUUCAAAGGCACUCUUUCCGGUGGGAUUCUUGUGGCCAUCAAAAAGGCUAACUGCAAAGAAAUUGAUACAAAAGAAAUCGAUGAUUUUAUCAAUGAAAUUGUUAUUCUGAAUCAGAUAAGACAUAAAAAUGUGAUUAAGUUGCUAGGUUGUUCUCUGGAGACUCCGAUCCCCUUGUUAAUUUAUGAAUAUGUUUCCAACGGCACUCUGUCCGAUCAUCUAUAUGGUAACAAAUCUGAUCAGUGCUUUAAUUGGAAAAACCGAUUGCGCGUCGCUGGAGAAACUGCAGAAGCAUUGUCAUUCUUGCAUUCUGCUGCCUCUAUACCCAUUGUGCACAGAGAUGUGAAAUCUUCCAACAUUUUGUUGGAUGAUGUGUACACCCCCAAAGUUGCAGACUUUGGAUUGUCUCGUUUGGUGCCUGUGGACCAAACACACAUCACCACACUAGUGCAAGGCACGAUAGGUUAUUUGGACCCUGAAUAUGUUCAAACAGUUCAGCUUACAGAGAAGAGUGAUGUCUACAGCUUUGGGGUUGUCCUGGUUGAGCUUCUGACAGGGCUGAAGCCUCUUUCUUUUGAAAGAACAAAAAAUCAGAGCAACUUGGCUAUUUAUUUCCUCAAUACGAUGAAGACUAAGGAUCUGACUGAAAUUUUAGAUUCUCGGUUUACUCUAGAGGAAGUGGAGAAUAUGGAAUCGAUGGAGAAAUUGGCAAAUUUAGCAAUGAACUGUCUGAGCUUGGAGGGGGAGGCGAGGCCAACAAUGAAGGAGGUGGUUCAGGAGCUAUUGUGGAUCAGAGAGGGGGCAAGGCCACAUGUGUGCUUGAAUUCUGAUGCAGCACAAAAUAGAGAAGAAUUUGUUUCUCUCAUAUUAGAUGGGGAGGCGAGUGAGGAGCAGACAAUUGAAAUGGACCUAUACCCAUACAACGAGCCUCUGUCAAUUGAUUCUCAAAGCUUCCCUGAUAACAUGAAUGACGGCAGAUAAUGCUGACUUGAAUGGCGGCAGAUAAUGCUGACUUUUUAACAGAGAAAAUGCUAUCAUUUUAAUUUUUACAAUUUUUUUUUUGACUUUUGGGUUUGAUAAUUUGGUGGAGAGGUCCUUGUAUCUGACCUUGAAAGAGAGGUCACAAGUUCAAAUCCCACAAAGGGUAAGAUAUAUAUCUUUCAUUUGUAGUGCAGUUAGGUGCCUCCCGCAAGGAGCAUAAGAUAGUCCCAUAUUGUUGUAUGUCAUCUAUAGACCCAUACAUGUAUUGCUGAAAUCAUGAGCUACAAAAGAUCCUUUCCUUUCUUGCUAUGCCAUAGUCAUA